UGCUGAAAAAGGGAGCCGUCAUUUCCCGAUUACGCCAUUUUAUAUCUGCUAAUGCUUUCGCGGGUCUGUGUGUGCUGAUUACGAAAAUUCCAGUCAAUAAUUUAAAUCAUGGGCAGGAAAAAGAAGAAGCAGAUGAAGCCCUGGUGUUGGUAUUGCAACAGAGAUUUUGACGAUGAAAAGAUUCUUAUUCAACACCAGAAGGCCAAACACUUUAAAUGCCACAUAUGUCACAAAAAAUUAUACACUGGUCCUGGUCUGGCCAUCCACUGUAUGCAGGUUCACAAAGAAACCAUCGACAGUGUCCCCAAUGCCAUACCGGGAAGAACUGACAUAGAAUUGGAGAUUUAUGGAAUGGAGGGUAUUCCAGAAAAAGACAUGGAAGAGAGGAGGCGCGUGCUUGAACAGAAAACACAGGAAAAUCAGAAGAGAAAGCAGAAUCAGGAUGACUCUGAUGAAGAUGAUGACGAUGAUGAAGCUGGACCCUCCUUCCAACAGCCAGCAGCAACAGCGCAGCCUCAGGCUGCCUACACCCCGAUGACCCAGCCGGGCAUGGCCCCUGUCCCAGCCCCAGGGAUGCCACCUAGAGGCUACUCAGGUGUGCUGUGUAACAGAAUGCCGCCAAUGAUGCCUGGUGUUCCUCCGAUGAUGCCAGGCAUGCCCCCUGUAAUGCCAGGGAUGCAUCCAGGUAUGAUGUCAAUGGGUGGGAUGAUGCCACAUGGGCAUGGAAUGCCCCCAAUGAUGCCAGGCAUGCCCCCAGGAAUACCUCCUCCAAUGGGCCAUCACCCAGGCAUGCCCCACAUGGCUCAGGCCCCUCCAACCAGCAUCAGGCCGGCAGUGCCUGCUGUUACUGUUCCCACACCACAGCCAGGUGUCUCCAAACCACUGUUCCCCAGUGCAGGACAGAUGGGGACUCGAGCUCCAAGCACAAGCUCAGCCUCCUCCAGUCUGGACACUUUGUCAGCAUCCUCUAAACCACUGUCCCAAGUCCAGCAGUCUGUCGCCGGUGCAGCGACAAGCUCCUCCGCCCCUCCUUCUAUUGCCCAAAAACCCACAUUCCCAGCCUACACCCAGCCCCCCUCCUCUCCUGCUAACAUCAGCAGCACUGUGGCCAAACCAGGCACCCCAGUCACAAGUAAGCCAGCCACCCUCACCACCACCAGUGCAACCAGUAAGUUGAUCCACCCUGAUGAAGAUAUAUCACUGGAGGAAUUGCGGGCACAGCUGCCUCGCUACCAGUGUAAAUUCCCAAACGCAGGACAGGCCCACGUGUCGUCCCCACCGGUUCCAUCAAUGGGAAGCGUGAUGUCGCCUCAGCAGGGCAUUCCUGCACAACAGUCGGGUGUUAGGCAUCCCAUGCAAGGGCCGUAUGGGGCUCCACCCCAGGGAGUGUCUGGUUUUGUCCCGGGAGGGAUGCCUCCCUACGGACAAGCUCCGCCCAUGGUCCCUCCUUACCAAGCCGCUCCCCCUCGGCCCGCCAUAGGCAUGAGACCCCCGGUAAUGUCGCCUGGGGGCCGAUAUUGAAGCGUCACCACUGGUCUUCAUUAGGUUUGGCGAUUCAACCAUUUUACCAUCUAGUGGCGUGCUUUUCAAUCCAGAUCAGUUGCUAAAAGCGUAACAGUUCUUGUGCAGUGAGGAGAUGGAUAAACUCUGUAACGCAUGGGACAUUGAUUUUACUCAAUUUUUUAUUUGGAACUACCCUUGGUUGCAGAUCAUACAGUUUGGCUUUUUUCUCAUGUUUUGUUUAGGUUUUUAGAAGUGAAGUGUAGUAAAUAUGGUUCGUAUUAAUUUGAAGCGGCUGGAGUUUCGUACAGCACCUUUAUCAAGGCAAGUCACUGUAAAUAUACUACUGUGCUAAAAGUGUGAAGCCUUCGCAGCACCCAUAGGUGCUGUUGGACUUCCGGUCCCCAGCUUUGCUUGGUGAGGGCUUCAGAUAGAUGUGACUGUUGGGUGUAUUUUUGUAUGUCUGCUCAUCCACAUUUACAGUGUUCUCUCUCUAUAGGGCAAAUAACGAAAAGAACUCUUGUGAAUGCUUAUCUGUAUUGUUCCACAAUGAAUUGUAAUAAACUGUAUUGAAAUCUAA